AUGCCAUUUCAUCAGGGUCUUCUCCCUCGCGAGGGAUUCUGCAUGGACGUAGUCUUGCGUCUCAUCCGCCAGACCGCGCUGAAUCCAUCGCUGCUGCUGCCCCUCGUCCUGCUCGCGCGGUACACCAAGCAGGGCCAGGACCUCUCCAUCCUCCAUCCCGACGCCAACAAGCGACUGCACACGCUCACCUACCUAGCCCUAGCGCGCUUUGUCAGCAACUGGUUCUCGGACAAGGUGCGCAACAACUGGGUGGACGACAAGUACGACUGGUCCAAGGAGAUCGUCGUCGUGACGGGUGGCGCAGGCGGCAUCGGUGGUGAGAUUGUCAAGUUGUUCGAGGAAAAGGGCGUGACGGUUGUUGUCCUUGAUGUGCAGCCCAUGAGCUUCUCGCAUGGCUCCUGCGUUCAUCACUUUAACUGUGAUCUUCGCUCCCCUCAGGCCGUCAAUGCCACCGCCGACCAGAUCCGCGCCCAGAUCGGCCACCCUACCGUUGUCAUCAACAAUGCCGGCGUCGCACGCGGCAAGACCGUCCUCGAGGCCGAUCCGGCGGAUAUCCGUUUCACGUUCGACGUGAACACAUUCGCCCCCUUCUGGACGGCCCAGGCAUUCCUCCCCCACAUGGUCGAGGGGAACCACGGCAUGAUCGUGACGGUCUCCUCGUACGCAUCCUGGCUGACGAUUUCCAACAUGGUCGACUACGGAGCCAGCAAAGCAGCCUCUCUCGCCUUCCACGAGGGCAUCACGGCUGAGAUCGCCACCAAGUACAAGGCCAACAAGGUGCGGACGGUCGUGGUGCACCCCGGCCACACGCGGACGCCGCUGUUCCAAGGCUAUGACCAGAAGACCGGCUUCCUCAUGCCGGAGCAAUUUCCUGAAUCCAUCGCGCAAGCCGUCGUCGAGAAGGUCCUCUCUGGGACGAGCGGGAGCGUCAUCCUGCCCGAGACGGGUGGCUUGCUGCCUGGUCUGAGGGGAUUCCCGGACUGGUAUCAGCUGCGUGUGCGUGCCAAGGCGCAGUACAUGGACAAGUGGAAGGGCAGGCAGGUCAUCUCCGAUGUGAACGCAACGUAUGACAAGGAGGAUGCCAGCGAGAGUACGGUCCUCGUAUCCGAGGAGAAGCAGUAA